CUGGGAGUGCCCCCCACCCCCACCCGGAGACGCACCAACCAGGCCGGGGGGCAGAGGCCCCGCUUCCUUUGUUCCUCAUCAGGCCUCGUGCUGCCUCCUUUAUUUGGUCCUCUGAUGCCGCCCUCCCUGCCAUGGGCGGUCCCCACAGUGGAUGCUGGGACCUCUCCCGCCUGGCCUUGCUUGCCUCCUGCCCCCCAGCUGCACGGCCCCCCUUCCAGAUGUCUGCCUGCCUCUGGGAAGCCUUCCCCGGCUGCCCCUCCCGCCACCCCUGGGGUGGGCAACCAUCUUCCCACCGGGUCACUCACAGGGGCUGGGGUGCAAGGGGACCUGGCUAGCACCCACCGUGCUCUCCCGGGCUCUGCACCUCCUGUGCCUGCAAGGCCCACCAGGAAGGAGUCUUCCUGAGCCACACGUGCCCGGGAGGGCAAAAGGCAGCAAUUGGCCCAGGGAAAGAAUUGCAUACCGAUGACCGCCAUAUUGUCACAUACUCUGACCCGCGAUCAAGUAGAAUUCAAGCAGUUCACGUAUCACGAAGCAAAACCGCAUGUCACAGAGGGAAGAGGUCUAGCAGGCAUAAUCACUUAAACAGAAACCUGGUGACACUGAUACCCAAGGUUGGCUUUCUCUGUUUGUGUGUGUGUUUAUUGCCUCUAGAAGAUUCCAUGGGUGUGAUGGUCAGAGGAAAGAUGGCUGCUGGCUGGGUAGGUGGACAGAUAGGAGAGCGAAACCGUUUCUCCUGGAAACUCCUAUGUGUCCUGUACCUCAAGUGGGUCGUGUUGUGUCAUGACAGGAAAGGGGUUCUAGUAGGUAGCCCACUGCUGGAGGCUGCCCUGUUCAGCUUUGGACAGCCCCUCACCCCCGCAAGAAUGGCCCAGCACCAACGUCUGUGGGGCCGAGUCUGAGAAGCCCUUCCGUGUAAACACGUAUAAACAGUGCUCUUUGCGCGAAAGGAAAUAAGCCAUGGGGGUAGAGCUGGAGGUGGGGGCCCUUCUCCCGAGCCCUGAGCAGUUUUGGAAAAGCCCUCCAGAUCCCCAAGGUGGUUAUGCAGAGGCCUGAAUCUUGGAACUUUCCGGAAGCCUUGAUGGCUGAAGUGUGGCGAGAGGAGGGCUUUGAGCAAGGCGGGCGCUCAAGGAGGACCCGAGCCUGUGGGCCAGGUGCAUCACCUCCUCAUGGCCACGGCCUGCCAGGACGCCAGCUCUGGUGCUCUCCUGCAGGAGCUCUGCCUCACCCAGUUCCAGGUGGACAUGGAGGCCAUCGGGAAGACGCUGUGGUGCGACUGGGGCGAGACCGUCAAGCCACCACGGGGACAACUUUGGGAACUGCUCAUAACCUGCCACGAAAGCUGUUUCCAGACCCCAGCCAGUCAGGUGAGAGGACCGGGCCAGCUGUCCCAGGAGCUCCUGAGAACACGCGUUGUUCCCAAAGCCAGGGUGCGGGCCGUUGUUCCCACAGGGGAGCCCCCCCCCCCCCCGCCGCCGCCACCGCAGCCCUGUCCUGCUGCCCCCACCCACCCUGGUCCCCGAGGCCAGGUUCUCAGCCUGUCCUGUCCCACAUCCGGGCUGUGAGCGCCCCUCCAAGGGUUACUGAUGAGGCAGUUGACAUUUAA